AUGGCAGGCUAUGGUGGAGCUGCAGACGGAACAGCUUAUAACCCUCAAAGUCAAAUGAAUUUGAGUUCACUCAAAAAUCAAAUAACAUAUGUCAAAAAGUCAAACAUAGACAUACAGAAACAAAUAAGUGAAAACGAAAAGAAACUAGAAUAUGACAGACACACAAAGAAACUCAAUGAGUUAAACGUAGAGAAAAAGAAGAAAGAAGAACAACUGAAAGAACUAAGUACAGAGGAAUAUGCGAAAAAAGUGUCAGAAAAAGCAGCAGAAGUAGCAAAAAUGGAACAAGAUGUUAUAAAUUUGAAAAACCAUACUACUCAAUAUAAAGUACUGAAAGAUGAAGAAAUAAAACAAAAAGCCCUGAAGACAUAUAUGGAUAGCGAUGAGUAUAAAAAAGAAGUUGAAGCAAAUGUAAAGGCAGAAAAACUUUUACAGUUGCAAAACCAAACCGUACAGUAUGAAAACUUAGCACAAGAAAGUAAAAAUAACGACGCAGCCAUGCAAAAGGCAAUGAAAAGCGCAGAAUAUAUAAAAGCUAAUAAUGACUGGUUAGAUGCCCAAGCCAACGCCAAAGCAGCCCAACUUAUAGGGUCAAUAAGGACAAAAAUACAAGCGGAUGAAGACAGUUCAAAUGAAGCUUUAAUGAAUGCUGACUUUAAGAACGCCUUCGAAGCUCUUCAUAGUAAGGUGAAACUAGUGAACGACUUCUCAUCUGGAAAGAAACUGAAGUCUGAAGGUUUCGACAAAGAGUUAAGAGAAGUAGCACAAAAUAUGACGAAAAUAACAGAUGCAGCAACGAGACAGGCAGUUCAAAGUGCCUAUGACGCCGUUAGAGCAACUGUUGUGGAAAGUCAAGAAAAAGAGUUACAACAGACCAAAACAGACCUAGUAAAUGCUUUCUUAAAAACGAAAAGUCAGGUAGGACAUUAUGCUGCAGAUGGAACAUAUGUGCCAGCUGGUGGAACUUAUAUACCAGCUGGUGGAACUUAUAUACUAG